GCUCCCUUACGCCACCACUAAACUACAUGUCCCGCCGGCCCGCGGGGCGGGGAGAAGAUGGCGGCUGGGGCGCCCCUUCCGCUGCCGGGAGGCGGUGGCGGCGGGCGGGGAGGGCUCCCUUAGCGCCUUCCGGGGCCGAGCUCCGUGACUGCCGCCGCCAGCCCGAUCGGAGUGGAGCCGGUCCAUCCCCGGGGUGGCGGCGCUGGAGCCGGAGCCGGGCGGUCGGCGGUCGGUGGUCGGUGGGGCGUGGGGAGGGAGGCAGCAGCCCUCCCGGUAGCCCUCCCGCCGCCGCCGCCGCCAUGAGGAGCGAGCCGCUGGCUUGGCCUCCGGUGUCGGCCCAGGCGGCCUCGCUGCUGGAGGAGGCGGCGGACCUGCUGGUGCUGCACCGGGAUUUCGCCGCCGCCGUGGAGAGGUGUGAGGCCGGCUGCGACAGCCUGGGCCCCGGCACCGGCUCCAGCUCCAGCCCCGAGAGCACUGCAGAAGUGAAAUGCUCCCUUUGUGUUGUGGGGAUUCAGGCGCUGGCUGAGAUGAACCGGUGGAGAGAAGUUCUGUCUUGGGUCCUACAGUAUUACCACGUCCCUGAGCAUCUGCCUCCAAAAGUUCUGGAGCUGUGUAUCCUGUUAUACAGCAAAGUGAGAGAGCCGCAGGUGAUGCUGGAGGUCGGGAGCAGCUGGCUGAGAGACCAAAGCAAUAAGAGCCUCCCCGAGUACGGUUCAUUGCUGGAGCUCUAUCUGUUGCAUGUGUUGCUCCCUCUUGGCCGGUUUGAGAGGGCAGAAGAGCUUGUACGUGGCUGUGAUGUUUUUGACAGCGAGCAGCAGUUAGCAUUUUUGGGGACCAUUGGUGAAAGCCGAUGUCAGUGGACUCAACGGGAAGAGAUGCACUCAGCUGCUGAAGAGCAGCCAGAUGCAGCAGCAGAAACCGUUUUGGGUGCUCUGUCCCAAAAGCUCUUGACCUUGUUGAAAUUGCUACGUAGAGCACUGAGGUCCAUGUCAAGCCACUUCUACUUACUCCCUUACAAAAAGAUGCUCUUGGCCACUUUUCUGCUGUACCUGGUGGUGGUGAGAUUAGACCCAGCUUCUCCCACAUCACUGCCAUUCAUUUACAAACUGGUCCAGCUCUUCCGACAGGCUUGGGCAGCUGUAUUUUCUCCAGUCCAUAGGCCUCCAAUUAAAGACUAAGGGUACUCUAUCACAGAAUGUGUAUUUUUCUGCUGCUGUAAAAGUGUCAGCUUGUCUUGAGGAUGUUAUCAGCCUCUUCAAGGACUGUUGAAAUCAGUGUCCUAAUUGAGGUGACCACCCGUGAACUCCUGUGUGGCGAUAACCUUCAUUUUUUCAGAUGAGGAAUUGUGUUGUAUGAAUUUUGAAACCACACCAAGUAGUCCUGACAUUUUACUUGGCUCUACAGCACCAUUCUGUCCAACACCAGCGUAAAGCCACUCCUUCCAUAAUUUACGACUGAAUAAGAAUCCCCUUUUUCAAACACUUUGAUUUGGAUGUAGCUCUUGAGUGAAGGUUUUGUAGCCAGUUACGAACUACAGAAGAAGGUUUCAUCCUUGCAACUGUUGGGCAGUUUUCUGAACAAGGGAAAUAGCGUUCCUGGAGGCGUGACUGUAAAAGGCAACAGAGUACCAAUAAUUAGGGGAAUAUCUGCUUUGCCUGAAGACAUCUGAAAAACCUGGUUCCUGCAGCAUGGGAUUUAGGGCAAGCAUGUGGAAGUAAAACACUGGAGAAAGUGAAGCCUAUGGCAUUUUGAAGGCCAUGGUUUCUUUUGUGACUGAUGCCUCCUUACACAGGCGCUCUUGAUUUUUUUGUCCUAUUUAAGCCAGAAAGCCAUGGUGGUGGUGGGCCACAAAGACUGUUGUGCUGCACCUUCUCAUCUUGAAUGCAGAUUACAGCACUGUGUGCUUGCCUUAUGCAUAGUAAUUUUUAAGAGCAAGUAGUGGUGGUAAGGAAAUAGAUUUAUUUUUUUUAAACGAUAUUCUAUAUUAUUGUGCAGUUGAACAACUGAAGUUGUUGCAUUGUUUUACUCUUUCCCUACCUCUUGCUUUGUUUAUGUAGGUGUCAAAAAGUCUCUGUAUGUCUAGAAUCUGCUCUCCUCCCGCCCCCCAAUAUCUAAAGUCUUGGUUUAUGAGGCACCCAUUUAACAAUGCUUGUAUCAUUCAGAACAAAAAUUCAUUAAUAGGUAGAAAGAGGUAUUUCUCUGACAUCCCAAAACCUUCCCCAGAUCUAUGGCAAGAAAACUAUUGGCUUUGCAGAAGAUCUGUCACCAGACUGACCCGAUUUCUGACCACUUGGGGCAGAAAUUGGAGGUUUGGGGUAAACGUUCAUUUCUUCUCCAUCCAUCUACCUGUCAUCAAUUGACAAAGGGUAAAUUCCAAAGGAGGGAGCACUGCCCUAACUUAAAUAUUGCUUCCACUGGAGCAAACUGUUGCGUACCGGAGAGCCAAGUUAAAAGUAAGGACCCUUUAUGACAAACAAGUAGCCCACCAUCCCAACAUCUGUGCCAAAAGGAUGCAAGCUGACUCAUGUCAGCCCAAGCUACAAAAUGUUGAACAAAGCAGCCUUUUUUGGUGGGUAAAAUUCUAUACAACACACCAAAUGUGCGGAAAGUAGCCAGUAGAGAUCCCAGGAGUCCCUUCAGGUUGUUCCUUUGUCUCUGCGAGGACUUCACACCAGGAUAAGUAGCAUGUAAUGCUUCACCGUAUUAAAAAGUUCUUGCAUACUCUGCACACAUAGGGAAGGGCUGCUUUUGGUAUUGCUAGAUGGUUCUUGUAAGCCAACUGCCAGUGUAGUUACAACUCUGGGAAACCAGGUGGAAUCAAACUGGGAGGCUCUGUCUGGACUAGAUUGUAUCUACCUGCUCCCUACUUUGCAGGGCCUCACGUUAAGUUCUUUGUACGCCAGUUAAUGACCUAGCACACCUGAAGUCAGGCCAAUUUCUCACCAAAUUAACCGUUUAGGUAACCAUUUUUUUCUCUAGUUUUCUAUUAACAUUUUUAAUUAGACGGCAGAGAUGCAAUUUUGGAGGUUGGGACCAGUGGUCAGAGCAGGCCAUACUUUAUGUUCAGAAUGCUGUUAAAUGUUGUAGCCACUCAUUUACCAAGACUCUUAACAUUCAACUUGAUUUUAAGUGUAGGUUGGUAACCUUUCCUUUUUUUGAGUACUACAGAUUUUGCGUUUGUAUUGUAUUUAAUUCAUUGUGAGAGAGCAAGAAGGCAGACAUAAGCUGUUGGGGGUCUUUUUGCAACUGAUACUAAACCUGCAAUAUUUAAUUUCCACAAUAAAGUGACUACUGACUUAUCUCUUUGUAGAGUUCCUUAUUUGCGCUGUGAUUAAAUAUAUGAAAGCUUUUAUAUUUAAUGUAUUGAUACUCUGCAGUUCUUGAACAAUUUCUGGAAAUGCUUCACUACAUGUCCUCAUUGCACAGGCAGAUUUGAAUUAAGUAGAGGACUUCUUCAGUGUGAAUCUGAGAUUUAAUCAACUGAUGACAUUAGUAGGCUAUAAUUCUGCAUUUUUGUAGGAGUUCAGAGAUGCUAAUUACUUUCUGUGAAAGAUCCAGCAGAUAUUUAUUUUUAAAAAUGUGUCUCUGUGUACAUUGGGAUGGCCAAGACUAGUGCUACCAAGAAUAAAGUACCUGAUAUUUA